AUGUCUGAAUCUGCUUCUCAUCCCAAGAAGUGGUUGAUCGCCUACAACUCGAUUUCAGCCUCGUUAUGGACUAUUGUGUUGUUCAACACAAUCUUCUUGGGUUCUUCCCUCGGUCAACCAUAUUUGUUUGAUUACACCAACAAGAUCACCACCUGGAUUCAGACGUUUGCCGUUGUCGAAAUCAUCAAUUCUGCCACUGGACUCGUCAAACUGCCUAUUUUUACGACGGCUACUCAAGUUUUCUCUAGAUUGUUAAUCGUUUGGGGUGUGUGCCAGUUGCUUCCAGAGUCUCCAGCUAACACUCACUGGAUCUAUAUAACCUUGUCUUUGAGUUGGUCCAUCACUGAGAUAAUUAGAUACUCGUAUUACGCUACCAACUUGACUUCUCCAGGUGGAGUUCCAGACUGGUUGACCUGGUUGAGAUACACUACCUUCUACGUCUUGUAUCCUACUGGCGUGUCUUCUGAAACUUACAUGAUCUAUUUGUCCUUGAAUGAGGCCUCCUCAAUAGUUGGUCAAUGGUACUACUACUUCUUAAUCUUCACAUUGUUCACUUACAUUCCCGGCUUCUACAUGCUCUACACAUACAUGAUCAAGCAGAGAAAGAAGGUCUUGGGCAAGUCAAAAAGCACCAAGAAGACCGAGUAG